UUUCGUAGUCUUCCUACCGCACUUACGAUCAUGCCACCACAUAGUGCAGAAUUGGCCUGUUGGGGAGUCUGGUGAACAGAAACCACUCCUCACAUCCUCGAUGAGAUGAACAUUAGAUGUUGUCCUUCCUCCACUUGUCCAAUGGAAUCUCCGUAAGGUGACCACGUGGAAAUUGGCCACCAGGAUUAGUGGCUGUGGCGGUGAAUCCCGGCAGCUCUCACCUGUCAUGUGGCCACGCCAGGUCCAAUGAUAACUCCCAGGUGCCAAAUCUAUUGAGAUUCCACUUGCAUAGUUUUGAAGCCCUACUUUCGAGCGACUGGAUUCAACGCGGGUUCUAAGUAAUCUCGGAAUAAUGGUUGCCGUCGUGAAGCCAAUCUGAAUUGGAGGAUGAAGCCUGCGUCUUUAGCAAGAUUCAACGGAGGGUUGUGCUGGUAUGUAGGUCUGCACUCUUGGAAAGAGAAGAAUUGAUGCUGAGGAAACCAAAUGAGGAUGUGAUUUUUAAUCACGAGACUGGCCACAGCCUCCUCGCGCUUUUCCGAUCCUCUAUUGGCUUGUGGUUACAAGCGUCGAGUUAAGGAGAGAGGGGUUUCUAGUUCCGAAACAAGAGAAACAGACCCAUGUGUGUGUUGGAGGUUUGCGAGGGUUUGAAUUAUCGUCGUUUGACAUUCCGUCUUGAUUUCGAGACAAUUUAAUGAGAAGAUUGUGAAGUAGAAAAACGAAUGAGAUGUGAAUGGAUGCAUCCUCCAGGUUUUGGUACAAGAAGCAACGUCGCAUCAUCAGGAGUUUGAAGGGUCGCCCACAAUUUAUUGCUCCUCAUUUAGCAGAAUUAGGAAUUCGUAAGCCAAUGACUAUAAUUUAGAAAUCUUCAUGAAGGCUGCCUGUGGGAGUAGAGAAAGUGGUAGUCAGAUCACAUAUCCGCUUACUUUGGAGCGUAGUGAUUUGUUUAUCCGGUGAACUUGAGUUCAAUAACGAGUGUGAGAGAGAAGGCACGAAAUCACGGAGGAUUCUAGUCGAAUUGAUACUAAUCUGGGGGUCACAUAUGCGUAAUUGAUAUAGUUACAGCUAAUGGGUUGCGGAAAAGGAUAGAAAAUUGAAUUGGCUUGGACGGUCACGGAGAAGUGAACUGCGAACGUUUCACGAGUGUUUGUGGAGCGACUACUUAAGAAAGCAAACAGUACACCGCAGGUUCAAGCGUCCUAUUAAGCUGGACUGAAUGUCGUGAAGUUCUGCUGAAUUCAGGGUUUUUGUUGAAUCUGUGCGGGGUGAUUGUUGUCAAGGGAUUCAUUCGACGCGCGCAGAGGGAGAAGUAGGUGCAGGGAUGGCUGUUUUGCAGCCAAGUCUUCAGUUCACGUCAUCAUGCCCUUCGCAGAACAUUGGUCAUGGAGAGCACAGAAUGAUCAACUCUCAGGGUCUUCAGUGUUUACCAUGUUUUGGAGCCGCCACCACUCUUAAACCUAGCUCAGCGGACGGAAUGAGCAGGUGGAAGCGGAACAGAGCGUUGCGCCAUUCUGACACUAGUGCUCCGUCGUCGUCUCCAUUUUGUGCCAAGAAAGCACCAAAUUGUAAGGGAAAAUGCUUUUGUACGGUGUUCAAUGAGGACACUGGCGAAGGAGGUGACAAAGAUUGUGAUGGUGCGGUAGGAACGUCGUGGCUGCAUUAUCUCAUGGAUCAGGCGGGCAUUGAAACUUCACACGCACAAGUUGCACGCAGAAACUUUGCGGAGGAGAUAGCGAACCUUCGAGCAGCUUCGGAGGAAGUUGGCUCCGGCAAGCCAGAAGGCUCUGUAGACCUUGCUCGCGCUGCUCUGGAAAUUGCGGCAGAAGACGACGCUCUUGUCUCUCAUUCCCCAGUUCCGCUGCCUGUAGAUGCUUAUCUCAAUCGUCUCCAAGCAAUGGCGGUAGAAUUUGCUGGCCACUAUCUUCCUCGUCAGCAUGCGAGUGAUCCGUAUACUGUUUUUGAGGCUUUGGACUUGUAUUUGUUCGGAUACCAGGGUUUCAAAAGGACCAAGUCUUUGCACAAUAUCGUGGAUGCCAGGGUGUUCUAUUUAAAUACGGUGUUGACCACUCGGCUCGGCACUCCUGUAAUGCUCGCCCUGAUUUACAGCGAAUUGAUUAAGAGACUGCAGCAGAUUGGGGUUAUUGAUUUCUCCGUUGACAUGGAGCUCCCAACUAAUCUGAAUGAUUUUCCGCGUCCUCGAGUUGCUACCCAGGAUGAUACCAAGAGGGGAGACGAACAAACGCUGCUAUUCACUCCCGAGUUGCUUUUGGUGGAGGUGCUCAGAUCUCUGAAGCAGUUGUACUGGCCAUGGCGAGAAAAUGGAACCAUAGGAGAAGGGAGUGGGUUUUUGCAAGCAGCCACUGCUGCGAGCCGAGGCAUUGGAAUGACUGCCUCUGCCAGUGCCUUUGAUAGCCUGUUUCAUGCUCCUCACAGUAGUGGCGGAGCAGAAUUAGCUAGAGCACGUUCAGCUCAGUUGAGACUGCAGCGCGGCAUUUGGACAUCUACUAAUUUUGGCGAUCUUCGCCGGGCUCUUGCUGCCUCGGAGAGGCUUGUAUUGCUAGGGGUAGACGAACAAGAGCUGAGAGAUUAUGGCAUGCUGCUCUUCCAUGCUGGGCUGUACGGGCGGUCAUUUGAGUAUCUCAACGCGUAUUCAACUUCUUUGUUGUAUGUGCAGGCUAACAGUGCAGUACCAGCUGCACUAAGUCCACUGAAGAUGAAAGAAGAUGUCGCAUUAGAACGUCUUUUAGAGCGCUUACGCUUAAUUCUCGCGGAGCAAGCCUGGUUAGGAACGUCAGGCACCCAGUUCGGCUCCUCUGAACUGCCUCCUGAUCCAUGGUAGUGACGAAUCAGUUUGUAUAGCUUUUUGUAAUUCACUUUUAAAUUGAACAAGACCUUCUCCACCUUUCCCAGCUGGGUUCUAUGUGCAAUGCUGUGGGGAUCCAGUCGGCUUAUUUCUCUCUUGGGAGUGUAAAACUCUCCAAAUAGCUGGUUGAAAACUGGCAGCUUCAAGAAGCAAAUCUGUGGUAGCCGGAUCUGCCGACAGGUACCUUUACUGUGCUCCUUUUAGAGAACAUUUCAUUUUCGCCCAACGAGACAGAUUUGCUAACUUGCCUCUUCGUCUUAAUUGCAUCGAAGGAAGAAACUGCGCAGAUUUCAGCAAGAUUAAGAUCGGUGUCUAGGAUAUGUACAGAUCAUCCCUGUGAUGGCCGGCCAAGACCUAAGUUCACUAAUUGCUAGUUACACAAGCAUUGGAAAACUGGGUCAGUUGAUGCUCAUCCACACUCUGGGGUCUGCCGAUCAGGGGCCCUCCAGCUGCUGCUGCUUCCCUGGAGUGGCAUGGCAUAGUAUAGCAUGAGAGAUGCAUGCUGGGAGGAGGAGACAGACGCAGCAGCAACGUGUCAACUGCAACUCAAGAGGCAGUUGUAGUGGCAGCAGCAGCAGCGCAAAAUGAAGCAGCCACAAACAACAACAACAACAUGGGAGUGCGGAGCAGCAGCCCCGCAUGCAGCCCUGGUCCAUUUCCUACUAUUUCUGUAGCAUUUUCUGCCACAUUCUUUUCAUUGUGUCGUUUCUAGUUUUGCUCUGAUUGGAAUAAAGCUUGUUUAAUUUUUUAAUU